AUGAAGAAAGUUUAUCGCCCCAACGUCGUAAAGCUCCACGAAGUCAUGGCUACCAAGUCCAAAAUAUACUUUGCUAUGGAGUACCUCUGCGACGGCGAACUCUUUGAGAAAGUCUCCCAAGGCCGAUUGAAAGAAGACUCAACUUGGAAUUUCUUCAAACAGUUGGUUUGCGCUGUUGAUUUCUGUCACAGUCACGACAUUUACCACCGCGAUUUGAAGCCCGAGAAACUCCUCUUAGACAAAAAUGGGGUUCGAUUUGUCGCCAUUGUUCGAGGAGAGGAAGAUGGAGGAGGAGAUGACGUUUGCGACGGCAAGCAGAGUGACAGAAAGGAUGGAGAAGAUGGGGAAGGCAAUAGAGUUCAACGUGAGAAAGAGCUUCGGCCUGCCAAAGAAAAAGACAAAAGAAGAAGGAGUUUCAGCUUGCAUUGA